AUGAGGUCGGAGACCAAGUACUACUCAAUGCUAAAAAACCUACCUACAAAUGUAGUGUCUGCUGUCUUUAAGACGAAGUUGCGUCCACGCUUUAUUGGACCGUUUACGGUCACGGCCAAGAAGGGACUUGCGUAUACGCUAAACCUUCCGCGCAAAUUGCGCACACAUCCAGUGUUCUACGUAGGCUUACUUAAGCCGUACCGGGAUCCUUCCCAUGUGAACUUGGAGGCGCUUGCGCCGACGACAAGGGCACUGCCCCGGAUUGCUGUAGACGAAUCAGCAAGUCCAACUGAGCAUCGCUCCGAGUUUGAGCUUGCUCCAUCGCCUGAAGGCGGAUUUGCAUCGCAUCCAGCAUGCACUGGGACUUACCCAAGGCCUCUUGAAGACCCUUCACUUCGAGAACCAAUUUCUCGUGGGCCUCCACCGGUACACCGGCCGCCACCGACUUUGCUCGAUGAGCAUGGGUGUCGUCAAUUUAAUGUCGAGGGACUACUGAAACGACGUCGUCGUCAGGGUUAG